AUGAAUAGCCAGCCCCGGCUUCUGUCAAGACCCGUACCGCAGAAAUGGCCCGGGAUAUCAGUGUCGGAGUGGCUGUCAGAUUGGCACAAACAAGAGCGGCCGACAAAGGACGCCCAGAUUGCCCGGCUAGUCAAGCUCGCUUCCUCGUAUGAUCCUUCAGAAAAGUGGGCGCCAGAAGGGAGUGCCUUUGCUCUUCAGCAACUUGAAAUGCUAUCGAAGUCCGACCCACAGGUGUUUGAGGGAUGGCUCUCGAUUGCACAGCGUCGGCGCGAGCGCGAAUUCGAGACCAUACUAGCCAAGAGACAAGAACGAACUACCUUAGAGGAUCGUACAAGAGAGACUGGGGAUCCGCUACCCAGGGAUCAGAAGGGGGGAUGGACCAUACUUGGCGACGGUCUUCGCUAUGAUGAUAUCCCUCUUACGGACCCCAAUGAUCUUACCUUUAUCACUGAAAACCCCCGCUUUCUUGGACCGCCACCUGAAUACUAUAGCGGCUUUGAAUCUGCCUGUCGUCGGGGCUCUCUUGUGGCGGCGGAAUCCAUCAUCGCUUCCGAAAUCAUUACGGCCACCCCCGCUUUCCUUCACCACGGCCUCUGCCUUGCACUGAAGGCUGGCAAUGUGGAAGUUGCACGAUAUUUUCUCGCUACUGGAGCACCUAUCGUCCGGAAAACCCCGAAUCACAUUCUUUCCGCCCCAGUAGACCAGCAGAUUCCCCUCUUCCAGCUCUUAGUUGACUAUGGCUGGACGCCAAAUACCCCCGGGACAUGGGGCGCAGUUCUACUACCUUCUAUUGUGACCAACCACUCCCUCCUCCGGUGGUUCCUGGACCAUGGUGCAAACCCUAACCUGGGAGAGCAGGAUGAGUACCUUUAUGGCGAGCCCACAAGUGACUCAUGCGCGGCUCUCGAGAAAAUGGCCUACCAAGGGAAUCUCGAGGCUGUCCGUAUGCUCCUGGAUGCCGGUGCCGUGAUCCAAAACGGGUUCCCGCUACAUGAAGCAGCAGGGGCUUGCCCACCUGGUGGUAAUCCACAUGCCGGCAUGGUCACCCCCAGCGAGGAGUUCGACAGAAGUAAAAUCCCCGUUAUGGCCCUUCUAGUGGAACGCGGUGCCGACGUGAACCAACUCCAAGGGCCUCAAAAAGGGAACAUGGUACCUGGAUAUGCAAUCGUCCACGCUGUCAUGGCAGGUGCAGUAGAGCGAGUCCGGUGGCUCCUGGAGAACGGAGCGGAUCCCACAGUAAGGGGACCAUGGGGAAGCGCCGUGGACAUGGAGAAGCAGGUCGAGGAUCUAUCUGGCAGAGACCAGCUACCUCCCACAACUGGCCAUAGCACCCCCCAGCGCCGCCGGGCUUUCCCCCGCCUCGCCGGCUUCCUCGGUAUCGCCGCUUGCCUCUGGCUGACUUUCCACUGGCUUCCUAUCGCGUUUCCGAAGUUCAAGUUAUCUCCGUGUCACCAUCAUUCUCAAACGGCAGAAGAUGGCUUCCCAUUCGAAGACCAAGAUGCACUCCCAGACUCGGCGACUGCGGAUCCAGAACGUAUUCCUCUUGAAGCGCACAUCAUGAGUAAAUGUCCAGAUGCGCGGGAUUGUCUAAGGGAACUUGUUGUGCCGACAAUGGAGAGGGUCAGCGACGAAAUCGACUUUAAGCUUUCGUUUAUCGCAAACGUCUCAAAUAGGUCUUCCGAUGUAACGUGCAUGCACGGCCCCGGCGAAUGCAUCGGAAACAUGCUCAUGCUCUGCGCCGCGAACCUUCCCUUCCCACCAGAUGACAGCUCUACACAGGCGACGACGCCCACGGUUCGAUACCUCGGGUUCGCGACUUGCCUGAUUAGCUCAUACGAAGAGAUCCCAGAGAGGCAGUUCGUUGAGCAAUGUGCUCUGGAGCACGGUAUUGACUUUGAUGCUCUGAAUCAAUGCGUCAGCCGACAAGACGACAAUCCCAAUUUUCUUCACCAGGAAGAUGCUCCGCUGAGCGGUAUUGCUCUUCUGCGGGAGAGUGCCUAUCACAGUGCGGAGCUUGAAGUGACGACGAGCUGUACUGUGCGUGUCGAUGACACUGUCUGGUGUAUCCGGGAUAGCGGAGCCUGGAAAGACUGCGUAAUGGAUGGCAAAGGUAGUCAGGUGUCGGUUCUUGUUGACGAGAUUGAAAGGCUCUACGGGCAGCGGAAUUGAUUCCCGGUACAGUACAGUGAUUAUUUUUAAUGGAAAAUGGCCUUAUAGAGCCUUAAUGACCCUAUAUACGACGAACUAUAUACCAAUUAUGCUGUAUGGUUGCUGGACAGGUUCGCCAGGGCCUGGUUCUUGGAGCGACAACGUUUAUUUCUUAUGGGUUUAAUGAGAUUUUUAUAUUAUUAUAUUCAGUUCGGGGAUUCUAAUCGCGUGAAUGAAUACAAACGACC